AUGCAUCCGCCUACGGCAGCCGUGCUUACGGCCUUCUUGUCUCUGGGAGGCCUGAACCUUGUCGCGGCUCAGGUCGAGCCAGAAUUAAAGCCUCGGUUUAUCCCUAAACAAUUCAAGAGACAGAUCAACUACCAGGCUUCUUCGACCCCGGUGGCCAAUCCCCAGACCUCCGAGCUGGUAACGAAACCCAAUACCAAUGUGCCGCAGCCGACCGAAACCGCAGAGGUAGUGACCACGACUCCGGUGGCCGAUCCGUCUCCUCCGGUGGUGGUUAUUCCUAUCACCCUCUCGGUAGAUUUGAAUGGGAUCACGCAUACUAUUACGGGCACCCCGCCUGCUGCGACGCCCGGUGCCGUGACCUCGACAAGUGCGACGUCUAUCACGGAGCAACCGCCGCCUCCAGCUAGUACGCCUGCGGUAUCCCCGACGUCGCAGACCCAUGAAUCUACUCCGGUUCCCGCCCCCCAACCCACGGACCAGGAUACCACAUCGCUGCCUACGACUUCCAGCCAGGUCAACCAGGAAACUGUCUCUUCCCAGCCUGCAAUUCCCAGUCAACCCAGCCAGACAACCACCUCUCCGCUCCUUGCAACUCUCAGUCAACCCACCCAGGAAACCGCUUCUUCCCAGCCUGCAAUCUCCACGGAAGCCAACCAGGGUGUGACGGAGACUCCUUCAGUGCAGGCUGUUCCGACACCGUCUAGCACCGGAACCAAGCUGACGGACGCAUGGGAUAGCUUUGUCAGUAGCUUGUGGGGAACAGCAUCCAGCUCUGCCGUACCCGUGGCUCCUGCUACCCCGACCGAACUGUCGAGUGUGACCACUACAGCCAACUCCAAGCCGGUUGCCAGUUCAGUUCCCAUCAUCGAUUCUGCGACGACUACCAAUGUCCCGGAAUCCUCCCAGAGAUCCGAUGACGCUACACUCGGCCUGACAAGCCCCUCCACUCCAGUGGAAGUGGUCCCGCCCUCGACCCCGUAUUCAACUCCAACCCCGGGACUGGUCCCGGGGUUGUUGUCGGAUCUUCUGGGUGGAUCUUCCAGCUCGACUGACCUGGCUUCUGCUCCAGCUCAAUCUGAAUCAUCUAGCGCUUUCAGCUCUAUUGAUCCGGCUCGCAUUUCAAGCCAAUCCGAUUCUAACAGUGUGCCCAGCUCCACCGAGUCGGUUUUCACUCCCAGCAAGCCGAAUUCCUCGAUUGUUCAAAGCUCUACCGAUGUCGCUCUCACCCCCAGUCAAUCUGACUCAUUGACUAUUCCCAGCUCUACUGAUUCGGGUUUCACGCCGAGUCGGUCGGAUUCCACCGUUCCGAGCUCCACCGACAUUCUCAGCUCUGCUGAUGUUACUUUGACUCCCAGUCACUCGGAUUCCUCGAACGUCCCCAGCUCUAGCGAUCUGUCCCCUACAACAAGCCAGCCAGGGCCUAGCUCGAUUCCCAUCAUUGAUUCCGGGUCGACUUCAAGUACUGUCUUGCCUUCCCAGAGCUCCGGGGAUGUCGCGACCCGCUCGACUGCUCCGUCAAACUCUAGGGACGCCGCGCCGUCGUCUACUCAUUCGUCAGGCAUUGUUGAAUCAAUUGUGUCAGAUAUUCUGUCCGACACUACCAGCUCAACCGAAUCCGAGUCAUCCGGUCUCCCUAGCCCGACAAAAUCUGUCGUUCCAAGCCAAACUGAGUUAGCAUCCACUCCUGCCGAGACGAAAACUAGUGGUGGUGUCAGCACUGGCUCAGAGGCCACCAGUUCUAGCGGUAUCUUCCCUACCAUUCCCGUCAGUGUACCGCUUGUGACUCCCUCGGCAUCGAGUGGCUCUCUUGAUGUGUCCGGGGUUUUGAGCACAGCACUGGGUCUUACAUCGCAGGUUACGGGCACUCCAGUGAGCAGCUCCCAGCCUGGCCCCUCUGGUACUUCGGCGACUAGUGCCCUUAUUGUUCCUGGAGGAUCGACCUCGGAUAGUAGGACGGGAACGCAUGAUGUCACCGAAUCCCAGAGCGCCACUGCGUCUCAGAGUGCCAGUGCAUCCCAAAGUGCUACUGUUUCCCAAAGUGCUACCGGAUCUCAAAGUGCGACCGCUUCCCAGAGUGAAACAGCCACCUUAAGCUCAUCGGCCUCGCUUGGCACAUCUGCACCGCCCGCAACAACUAGUGGAGCCGUCAUUCCCACUGGUACAAAGUCUGGAUCUGCCGGCUUCUCCUCGACUGCUCUGAUUAGCUCCAAAGCUCCCUCAGCGGGCCCUACAAACCCGGCGACCCCUAUAUCUACCGCUGCACCGGCACCUACAAGCACAGAACAACCAUCCCAGCCAGGCACCACGCAGCCCAGCACACUACCGCCGCCGCAGCCUAGCACCACGCAGCCUAGCACGCAGCCGCCGCCGCCCCCAAGCACCACGCAACCAGCCGUUGAAACAACUCCUACCCCAGAGCCUGUGCCAGAACCAACACCCGAGCCCACCACGCAGGCCAGUACAAGCAGUGACAACGAUGAUUGGGUGCCCUCUACUAUUCUCGUGGAGCCCCCAACGCCUACGACCCACGAUUCAGUUACCCACGCGACUGCAACUUCCACUACCACGCAAGUACAACUUCCUGGGAAUAUCGCACCGAAUGAAGAACAAGGGUUGAAACCUAAGGAUGCUGUCAUGAUUCGUCUUGGAUUCGACGAGAGACUUCGCUACAGCUUUGUUGCCACUACUAUGCUGUCAUCAACCCAAAUCUUCCAUUUUGUUCCGAAAGGUCUCCAGUACACUAUGGGGCUUUCCAGUGAGCAGAUUUCGAUGAUUGAAAUCAAACCAUUGCAGAUGAACGGCUACCUUGCCACGACCGUUUACGCCUGGGUUUCAAAUAAUACGUACCUGCAUAACCUAAAGCCCAACAGUACAACGUUCGAAUCGCAACUCGAGGUUGAAAUUAAAAACCCCGUUUCGAAAUUCUACCACGAGUCUGACGAGUCUGUGAACACGUUGUUCUCUAUGAUUGAUCCCACCAUCAGUAUUUGGCCCAACGGGGUUGGCCCCCCCUGGUUUGCCGGAAAAACUGGCAAUGGGUCCAAUGGCAAUGGCAAUAACAAUGAUAAUGGCGAUGGCAACGGCGAUGGAGGCGCUAGCGGUAGCUCAAGCGCCCGCCCCAGCUCUGUUGGCAUUGGCGUUGGCGUUGUGGCCGGUGCAGCUGCCUAUGGUGCAGGUAUGUUCUGGGUCGCUCGCCGGUACCGGAAGAAGCGUCAAUUGCACCAGCGAUCCAGCUCGACCGUUGAGCAGAUGAGUGAGGGCCACGGUGGCGGCUCGGUCCUCGCUGCCGGUGGCCGCAUGUCUCGCAACAGCCAGGUCAGCCGAGGAGGAAGCGCCCGUACGCAAAUGAUCAGUGCACCCGUGAUGGCAGAAAAUUCUCUUGGAUGGAACUAA